AUGACCGAACACCCUCCUCCUACGACAGCUUCCAUUGCGAUUGCCUGCGCUCUCGUAGCAGGCGUCACAGGCUACUUUGUCGGACAAGCGAAGUCUCUGGGGAUAUUUGGUGGUAGCCCAAUCUCUGAACCAUCAGGAGAGAAAGGGUCUGAGGCAGAUGACUCAGAUGAGUCCAGCGACGAGGACGAUGCUGCGCUGAGCGAGUUUGCUGGUCACAAUGAAGAAUGCAAGAUGGUAUUGGUUGUCCGAACAGAUCUCGGCAUGACAAAAGGCAAGAUAGGGGCCCAAUGCGGUCAUGCAACCCUCGCGUGCUAUAAGCACUUCCUCAAAACCUCGCCGAACUCUCCGAUUCUACGACGCUGGGAACGCUACGGCCAAAUGAAGGUUGCGCUACAAUGUAAAAGUGAGGAGGAAUUGGAGACUCUACAGGCUCAGGCUUUGAGCUUAGGCAUGGCGGCGCAUAUCAUCCACGACGCAGGACGAACCCAGAUUGCGAGUGGAAGCGCUACAGUCCUGGGAAUCGGGCCAGCACCGAAGAGCGUUAUGGAUAAAGUCACAGGCGGUUUGAAGUUGCUAUGA